CGGCGCUGCGUUUCUGCUUCCGGGAUGUUUGGUGAUGUGGCUCUGCGAAAUCCUGGAGACGAAAUUGAACAAAUAAUAACGCAGCUCUUCCCUGCGCCGAUUACACAGGCCAGCCAUGUUAAGCCGGCUGUCCCAGGGCAUGAGCUCUGUCCUCCAGGAGCUCUCUGGUGAGGAAGUAUCCGAAGCCGACUCUCAAGAUGGUUUGGUCCCUCAACCCCAGCCUGAUACAGAAGCCUCCCUGGAGGGCCCUGGACCUCCAGAAGAGGCCUUGGAAAGGCUGGCCCAGACAGAACAACUGGUGAUACAGCUAAAAGAGUUGAACCGAGAGAAAGACAUCCUGCUUGCCAACACUGAGAGACAGCUCAAGGAGGAGAAAGACCAGGCAGAGGUGAAGUUUACAAAGCUCAAACUGCAGGCCAAAGCAAAGAUGACUGCGCUGAACAAACAGAUCUCUCAGCUGAAAGGACGAGAAGCUUUGAAUAGCAGUCAGAAUUCAGAGAGCUCGUUCACAAUGCCUCCAGCAGUGGAGGAGGAGCUCCAGCAGCUCAGAGAGAAGCUCACUCAGGCAGAGACAUCCAACAGGACCCUUCAGCAACAGCUCUGGGAGGCCGAGCUGCGCGUGAGAGAGGAAGGACAAGCCGAGCAGGUGCGGGUCCUGCAAACUGUGGUGAAGGAAAAGGAUGUGCGAUUCCAAGAACAAAUCCUCAAACAUGAGCAGGAGCUCCUCAGUCUCACACAGACCUCAAAUGACAGUGAUUUACAGCAGGCCCUUCGGUCAUCCCAGCAGCGUGUGGAGGUACUAGAAGAAUCUUUACGUUCUCGUUCAGAGGUCCUAGAAAUGUUGCAGCAGGAGCUUAACAGCGCAGACCAACAGAAACAGAUUCUGACUGUUCAGUUCAGGCAGAUGGAGGUGGAGUUGUCAGAAGCCCAGAGACUGAGAGAAGAGGAGAGGCAACAGUGGUCGAUGCGAGCUGAAGAACUGCAGGCCCUUAGAGCAAGACUAGAGGCGUUGUAUAGUGAAAAAGAACAGACCAUCAACGAUCUCAACUCUGAGUUACUAAAAAAGACCACAGAGUUAGACGAAAUGAGCGCAAAACUUAAAGAUGAAGCUUAUGAAAAAGAAGAAAGACAGGAGAGGUCAGGAGAGAAAGAAUCUAGUUUCGAGACCGAGCUGGCCAACAUGCGAACAAGUUUUGAAGCCAAACUGGAGAAAUCAGAGAAUCAGAGAGAGCAGGCCAUUAAUGCCCUUAACUCUGAAUUACUGUACAAGACCACAGAGCUGGAUGAAACGAGAGCGAAGCUUGCUGCUGAGGAAAGAGAGAAGAAUAAAGAACUGGAGAUAUUAAGAGAGAGAGAGACAGAACUGUCCAACAUGCAAGCAAAUCUAGAAGGCAAGCUGGAGACAUCGGAAAAGGAAAGACAGCAGAUCAUUAAUGAACUCAAUGCUGAAUUAAUGAAAAAGACAAUAGAGCUGGAUGAGAUGAGGGAAACGCUCGCAGCCGAGGAAAGAGAAAAGCUGGAGAUAUUAAAAGAUAUGAGACAGAGCUUUGAGACAGAACUGGCUAAUAUGCGAGCAAAUCUAGAAGCCAGAUUGGAAAGCUCAGAGAAUGAGAGAGAGCAGAUUGUCAAUGAUCUCAACUCGGAAUUACUGGGAAAGAACACAACCCUGGAUGAAAUGAGAGCCAAACUUGCAGCUGAGGAAAGAGAGAAGAAUGAAGGACUGGAGAGAUUAAGAGAGAGAGAGACAGAACUGGCCAACAUGCAAGCAAAUCUGGAUGCCAGGCUUCAGGCAACAGAAAGUGAGAGAGAGCAAACCAUCAAUGAUCUCAACUCCGAAUUGCUGAAAAAGACGGCAGAGCUGGAUGAAAUGAGAGCAAAACUUGCAGCUGAAGAAAAAGAAAAGAAUGAAGGACUGGAGAGAUUUAGAGAGAGAGAGAUUGGCUUUCAGACAGAGAUGGCCAACAUGCAAGCAAAUCUAGAAGACAGGCUUGAGACAUCAGAGAGUGAGAAAGAGCAGACCAUAAAUACUCUCAACUCCGAAUUACUGAGAAAGUCCGAAGAGCUGGAUGAAACGAGAGCGAAACUUGCAGGAAAUGAAAGAGAGAAGAAUGAAGGACUGGAGAGAUUAAGAGAGAGAGAGACAGAACUGGCCAACAUGCAAGCAAAUCUGGACGACAGGCUUCAGGCAACAGAAAGUGAGAGAGAGCAAACCAUCAAUGAUCUCAACACCGAAUUGCUGAAAAAGACAGCAGAGCUGGAUGAAAUGAGAACAAAACUUGCAGCUGAAGAAAAAGAAAAGAAUGAAGGACUGGAGAGAUUUAGAGAGAGAGAGAUUGGCUUUCAGACAGAGAUGGCCAACAUGCAAGCAAGUCUAGAAGAAAGGCUUGAGACAUCAGAGAGUGAGAAAGAGCAGACCAUAAAUACUCUCAACUCCGAAUUACUGAGAAAAACAGCAGAGCUGGAUGAAACGAGAGCGAAACUUGCAGCUGAGGAAAGAGAGAAGAAUGAAGGACUUGAGACAUUAAAAGAGAGAGAGACAGAACUGGCCAACAUGCAAGCACGUCUAGUGGCCAGUCUUGAGACGUCGCAGAGUGAGAGAGAGCAGAUCAUCAAUGAUCUCAAUGCUCAAUUACUGAAAAUGACCACAGAGUUGGAUGACCUAAGGGACAAACUUGCAGCUGAGGAGAGGGAAAAGCAAGAGAAGCAAACAAGCUCUGAAACAGAGCUGGCCAAUUUGCAAGCGUGUCUGGAAGCUGCAGAGAAACAGAAAGAGGAGAUGACCAAGAAACUGGAGAUAGAGGUCACAAGUCACAUAGAAGAAGUUCGCUAUCUAAAGGAAAACCUUGAUGAAGUGGAGAGAGAAAGGGAGGGAAGAUCUUACAUCGAACAAACUCAUCUGGCACAGGUGCAAAAUGAACUUGAGUCAUUGAGAACGAGAUUGGACACAAGCAUGGAGGAACAGAAAGCAGGACAGCAGGUCAAACACACACUUGAGGAACUCUGGAGAGGACUUCAAUCUUUAACUACAGUUAGGGAGACUGAAGCAGAAAUGCCCAUCCCUAAUGAUCCAGCGCAGUUUUUGGAGGUAUUACCCUCCUUGAAAGCCCAGCUGGGUGACCUCACAGCCGAACAGCAGGAGAGUCAAGCUCGCAUGUCUGACAUCAUGCUCACUCUUCAGUCUUUGCAAGGUCAACUAGAUAAAAGCACAGCAGAGAGAGAGGAAGCAGUUGCUAGGAUACAGGAACUGGAACAACAACUACACACUCUUCAGGUUCCUGGUGAGUCAUCAGGUGACCGUGUGACUGUGUCUGUGAUGGAUUUAGACAUGGCACACCAGGAUGGCAGUGAAGAUGGACAUAAUUCAAGAAAUGCAUUACAGAAAGAUCAGAUACUGUUUCUGGAGGAGCAGCUUGCAGACAGAGAAAGAGAGCUUUCUGCUCUCAGAGAAAAACUCACUAAAGACCAAGCUCUGAAUUUCCCAGAAUUUGGAAGUGUGGACAGUGCACCCACAGGAGACAUUACUGGAUUGCAUGAUAGCUCUGCAACUCUGUCCGAAGUGUCCGAGACAACACUUGUGGCAGUAGACACCUCUGUACUCUCUGAGAGUACCUCUGAUCUUAUAGCUCCUCAGCCUGAGUCUCCUGGAGAAUCAAAGGGCACUUCCUCAGAUGAAAUGGUUACAAGCAGUGAUUCUGAAGUAGCUCAUAGUAGUUGGACUCUUUUGGAAGCAGUAAACCAAGAGUGGCCACCCCUUGUUCAGGACUUGUCCUCGUUUGGGAUAUCCACACAAUCCUGGGAUGAGGCCUGUGACGAGCAUGUGACAUCUACUAGCUGCAUAGUGGAUAUUGAGUCACAGUCGGUUGUUAUCAAUGAAACUGUUCAGGUAUGUAUUAGCCAGCAAGGGGGAAGUUUGCAGAAUACUAAUUUAAGCACAAGUCAAGCUUUUGCACAGCUUUUAGCAGAAGAAAUUCAGAAAAGAUACAGUGAACUUCUGGGCGAGCUUCAGCAGUUGAGAGAUUCAGCGUUGCAAUCGCAGGAGAAAGUUCAGCAACUAGAAGAGCAAUUGCAGUCAUUUAAAGUUCCCAAAGAUGAGGCUGAGUCAAAGGCAAACGAAUGUGAGACAGAGCUGUUGGAAGCUAGAGCUUUGAUUCAGCAAGAACAAGUCCAAACACAGAAUGUUACUGAGCAGUUUCAGAACUGGCAAGAUGAUGUUCUCUCUAAAGAUAAGCAGUUGCAAGAGUUGAGGGCAGAUUUAGAAGAAGCUCGUAGAAGACUUGCUGAACAAGAAAGCCAAUCUAGAAUGCUGACUGCUCAACUAGAGGACAGAGAGUUUAACUCCAGUGAACUAGAGAAGAAUCUCUUGGGCAAGGAGGACAGGUUACUUCAGAUCUCUCAGGAGACUGACAUGACCAAAGCUGCUCUGCUUGAAAGGACUGGUGAACUGGAGGCCCUUCAAAAGUGUCUCUCACAAAAAGACAAGGAGAUGAUGGAGCUCAAUGACAGCAUGACUGCUAAACUCCUCCAGGCUGGAGAAGAAAAGUUCACAAUGUCCAGUGAAGUCAAAAAACUUAAAGAGCAAAUUUAUGAACUAGAAACAGCCAGAGAUGACCAACAGAAAACCAAAGAGGAUCAAACUGCAGAGAAUGAAAAGCUUGUUGCAUUACAGAAGGAAAAUGAGGACUUGGCUUCUCAAAUGUCUGCUAUAAAGAAAGAUGGAGAACAAAACAAGAGAAAGCUGCAGGCAGCUCUGAUACAGCGCAAGGAUUUGAUGAAAAAGGUUGCAGAGUUUGAAAAGGAAGCUAAAAGCAGGGAAGAAAAGGAAAGAGAUGACAAUGAAGCAAUGACUCAUCAGUUCAAAGAUGAAAUCAAAGGAAAAGAUCUGGAAAUACAGAGGCUUGAAUGUUUGUUGCAAGAAACCAGAGAUGUCUUAAAUGUAAAAGAGGAGACCCUGAUAAGUCUACAGGAAAAAAUGAACAACCAAGAACAAACAUUGACUGAGUCUCAUGCAGAAAUACAACGUCUGACAGAGCAGUAUGUAAAAAUUAAUGAACAACAAAUGUUGCAUGCAGAAGAGGACAAAAAUAGACUUCUUUUACAAAUAUCUUCAAUGGAAUCAGACAUUGAAAAAUUGCACAAAAAGCUUCAAGAAUCUACAGAUGCUCAUAUAAAUGCUUUAGUGGAAGUUCAAGAGAAACAUUUUGAACAGAUCAAAGAACAAAAAGAAGGCUACAGUGAUUUUCUUAAGCGCUUGCAAGAAGAAGAGGCGGAGAAAGCUGAGUUGUUGAGUCGUAUUAAAGAGCUAGAGGGUCUGAUAGAAUCAAACAAUGCUGCAGAUAAUGUGUCAAGUGUUAAUAUGGUGGAAAAUGUUGGAUCAACAUCACAUCAUUUAGAGAAACCAGAGACAAAUGAUUGGGCUCAGGAUGACUGGGUGGAUUUUGCAUCUGCUGAAACAGAGACCCAACAACAGCACAAACCUGCUGAGCAGUCUCAACAACCAUCGUUGAAAGAUCAUGAGGGUAUUCUAAAUGCUCUUCAAGAUGAGAUAAAAGUUGAGCAGGCUGCUCGUGCAGAGUUAGAGUUGCGUUUACAAGAGAGCCAGUCACUCAAAGAUAGCAAGGUCGAAGAGCUACGCGAAGAACUCAAAGCCUUGAGAGAAAAGGAGAGGCAGAUUGAUGGUCUCACUGAAGUGAUAGAGGGUCUUAGGGAGAAGUGUCAGAGAGCAGAAGUUCAUGCGGAAACCCUUAAAGCAGAGGUCGAUCAGGCUUGGGAGGCAGCUAAAAGAAGCAUCUCAGAUGCUGAGUCUCCCAUCAAAGCUCUUCAGUCAGAAGUUGAGGAAUUUAAACAUUUUCUUAAAAACAAAAAUAAUGAGAUUGUCGAUUUAAGCCAGCAGCUAAGUGAACAAAAUUCCCUUUUGCUUAAGAUGCAGGAAACUGUGACGGAAAAAGAUCAGCAGAUUGCUUCCUUACAGGAAGUGCUUAAAACUGAGCAAGACAGAGUUCAAAAACUGGAAGAAGAGAUGCCUCAGCGAGAGGUAGAAGAAAAGGGUAACAGUGCCAAACUCCAGCAGGUUCAGCGUAAACUGCAGGCCGCUCUUGUGUCACGUAAGGAGGCUCUCAAAAAGAUCCAGGCACUAAAGGAGGAGCAGGACGCUGCUGAGAAGGUCAGAUUAGAGCUACAGCAGAAGCUUGAGUUUGUGGAGUUGGAGCUGAACAAGUCAAAGGAAGAGAGGGAGAAGUUAAUCGAGGAGGUUGAUAGAACUUUGUUGGAGAACCAGAGUCUCAGUGCCUCCUGUGAGAGCCUUAAACUUGUGAUGGAGGGCGUUCUGAAUGAGAAGGAUGCAUGCAAACGUCAUGCUGAGAGCGCAAAAGAGGAAGCCCAAGAAGUGUGCAGGCAACUGGAAGAGAAGAUACAAAGCAUGAAGGAGGAGUAUGAAACCCUCCUUAAGUCAUAUGAGAAUGUAAGUGACGAGGCUGAACGAGUGAGGCGAGUGCUUGAAGCUGCGCGACAGGAGAGGCAAGAGUUGGCGGCCAAGGCACGAGCUCAUGAGGCAGGCAGACAGGAGGCAGACAGGUUAGCAGAGGAAGCAAUGAAGGAAGUAGACGUUGUAAAAGAGAAGAUGAGGAAAUUUGCCAAGGUCAAACAUCAGAAGAUUAUGGAUCUAGAGGAGGAAAAUGAAAAACUUAGAGACCAGAAAGAUAAGAAAGGGACCAGAGAUGCUGAACCCGAUCUAAAGACAGUGCUUGAGAAACUCAAAGAGGAGCUUGAGAGCUUGAAAGUGAAUUAUAAUAUUGCUAUAGAUGAGAAAAACUCUUUUGAACAGCAAGCUGAGGAGUUGAGACAACGUUUGAGUGAGAAAAUGGACAGACAUGUCAGUGAGAAUCUGGGUACGAUCGAGACCAUUCAGGAAGUUAAAGUUGUCGCACAUCAGAGAGGUCCUGAUUUGAUAGAAAACCAAGAGUACCUGGGCAGCAGCAGUUCUGCAGAAACUGAUCUACAGAUGCAGCCAGAAGAAUCCAAUGUUGAUAAUGAACAAAAAGUCAUGGAAGGACAAACAAAGAGUGACAUGACUGAUGAAACGGAGAGACUAAGAGAACUCGAGACUUCUCUCAAAACAGCAGAGAGUAGGGUCAGUGAACUUGAAGUUGCUCUUCAGGAUCAGAUAGAAUUGAGAAACGAGCAAGAAUCCAUGCUCAAUGAAGAACUGGCAGCUCUCAAGAAGCAACUUCAGGAGACUUUAGAAAGAGAUGAUAUCCAGAAGGAAGAACAUUCUAAGAAAGAGACCCAACUUCAGGAACUUCGCACCAGGCUAGAGGCUGAAAGGGAUGACCUGGAGGAGCGGUUGAUGAACCAACUGGCUCAGCUCAACGGCAGCAUCGCAGGCUACCAGCAAGAGGCAGCUGACAGUCGUGAACGCCUCGCAGAGAUGCAGCGGGAAUUGGAGAACCUUAAGAGAGAGCAAGCUGAGCUGGAGGUUGAAGUGGCUAGCGAGAGGGAUCGGGCUGCGAGGAUGGAAGAAGACAUGAGGCAGGCCCAACGUGAGAGAGCAGAGGCAGAGUCUGAAGCAGGAAGACAAAGAGAGCUGGAGCAGAAGUUAAAAUCGGCACAGAGGUUUAAAGAAGGUAGUCAAAACAGAACACGUCAACUUGAAGAACUGCUAAGGGAGAAGCAGUUAGAAGUCCGUCAGCUUCAGAACGACUACAUCAUGUACCAAGAAAGAAUAAGUGAACUUGCUAAAGAAGUAAAAUCAUUGCUGUUGGGUAGAGAUGAGGUGCGUGCAGAACUUGAGGCAGCACGGAUGGAAAUUUCAAAGAUAAUGCAAGAAAGAGCAAGUAUUGAAUCUGAGCUUUCAGUCUGUAAAGGGAAGCUGGAUGUGGCACUGGAAGAGACAAAACAGGCCCUGGCAGACAAAAUAGCUGCUGAAAAAAUGGUACAAAGUCGAGAGGUCGAGUUGAAAGCAGAUGCGGAGCGUACCCUUGAUGAAGUCCGGUAUCGUCUUGGAGCGGAGCUUAAACAGAUAGAAUUGAGACUUGAGAAAGCCUACAGGGAACGGGAGAGGCAGGAAAAGGCAUCUCUUGAAGCAAGGAGUAUUGCCGAGGCUGCAGACAAGCAUUCACAGGAAAGGCAGACCCGUCUGGAUGAAGCAUUGGCUCGGUUGGCUGCCUUUUCGCGCUCUAUGUGCUCCUUGCAGGACGAUCGUGAUCGAGUGCUGGAUGAGGCCAAGCAAUGGGAAAACCGCUUUCAUAGUGAACUACGGGAAAAGGAGGCUGAUGUUCGGGAGGCUGAGAAUCGAGCCAAAGAACUUGCUGAGCAACUGCAGGUGGAGACCACACAGAAGGAGGAGCUGCAGAGUUUAUCUGAAAGGAUGCAGAAUACUGAGGAGAACCUACAGCUACAGUUGAGUGAGAUGGAAAAGAAAAAAGAUGAAAGCCAUGCAGCUCUUGAAAAAGAGAAGAAUGAACUUCAGCAGAAACUGACACAAGUAGAGGCCAACCUAGCCCAAACUUGUUCUGAGCUGACUUCUUUAGAGGCUGAAGCUGAGGGACUACGCAAGCGUGCAAAGGCUCUAGAAGAAGCCGUGGACAGACUUCAGAGCGAGGUAAAUGAGGCACGUACGGCAAUCAAAGAACGAGAGACGGAGGAAAGGAGACUCUGCUUGAGGCUAGAGCAGCUGGAGACAGACUUGAGCUCUUCCAAGAACCUGACCAAUUCUCUUCAGGCAUCGUUGGAUGAAAAAGAGAAGAGGGAGAUGGAGCUCCUUGGUGAGAAGGAGCAAGCUGUUACACAGGCUGUUGAAGAGGCUAGGAAGGAUGCAGAUGGAAGGGCCGAACUGGCAGAAAAAGAGCUGGAGACGAGGAAAGAGGAGUUGCGUGGUUUAGAGGAGAGGCUACGUAAAGCUGAGGAGGAUGCCUUCCAGAGCAAAGCUCAGCUGGAGUCCUUCACCAAGGCCAUGGGCUCUUUGCAGGAUGACAGAGACAGAGUGCUUAGUCAAUACAAGCAACUAGAAGAACGACACCUCCAGGUUAUGAUGGAGAAGGAUAACCUUAUCCAGGAGGCCGCAGGGGAGAACAAUGGGCUGAAGGAAGAGAUUCGAGCUCUGUUGUCUCAGCGAGACGAUCUAAAUGCUGAGAACGCCAAACUUUCUGCCCAGCUUCAUGGCUACAGAGAUGACCUGAACCAGGUUCUUGCCAUGAAGGACUCCCAACACAAGCAGAUUCUUGCUGCUCAGGUAGAACGCAUCAGUGUUUUGGAGAGACAAAUAGAAGAGCUUGAGAUUCAUAUUCGAGCUCUGGAAAAAGAUGGCGAACAGGGAAGGGUACUACCAGUGGAGCGGGAGAUCUUGAGCCAGGCCAGUGAAGGAAGAGGCAAACAUGAUGCACCGGGGGCUGAGGUCGAGAAGCUGAGGGAGCUGCUCCAAACUGCCAGGAAUCGCAUCACUUCCUUGGAAGAUUCUUUGGAAUUAGAGAGGGAGGCCCAAGCAACACACAACAAAGAACUGAAGGAGCUGAAAUGGGAGAGUGGUAUUAUGCGCACCGAGUCCGAAACGGCAGAGGAGCGGGUGGCGGAGCUGGCACGAGACCUGUUGAUGAUGGAGCAGCAGCUACUGGGGGAGAGGGAGGCGGCAGCUCAGCUUCGAUCUCAGAACCAGUCCUUCGGUCAAGCCAUGGCCUCUCUGCAGGAUGCGAGAGAUCAGGCUGUCAGCGAGGCAAAGGACCUGCGGCUACAAUUAGAUGAGAUAAACCAGACAGGCCAUUCAUCGUCUCCAACUGUUGGCUCGAAAGGAGAAGUGUGGAGCCUAAAAAAUGCACUUUCGGCACUGCAGAAUGACAGGGAGAGGAUGUUGGAACAGCUGCGAUUGCAGCGUGCUGAACUGGACCGACUUGGCUCAGGUGAACUGUCCAGGAUUUCUCAGGUUCUUGAGGAAGAGAAAAGAAUAGCAGGGGAAAGAGAGAACCUCUUGUCAGAGCUGAGAGACAGAGACGCUCAGAUGGAGAGAGAUAAGCAGGAACUGGAGAUGCUCCGGUUAGAGAGGAUGGACUGGCAGGGCCAAGGUGAGCUCCUGAAGCAACAGACACUCACUGCCCUCUCAGACAGGGACCAACAGCUGCGGCAACUCACCGCUAUGCUGGAGGAGGCUCGGGCAUCAAAACAACGGCACGAAUACACGCAGAGACAGGGAAGUCUGGCUGUAGACACUGCCCCUGGUGGCCCUCUCGAGCACAAUGAGGGAUAUAAAGCAGAGUGUAUUGAACUCCAGAAAAGGCUGGAUGAAGAGAUAGAACAGCGACUGAGGGUAGAGGAGCAGCUCAUUGUUGCCCAGGAUCAUCUCAAAAGUUUCACACAAGGGGAGUGGCAGACAGCAACUGAUAGGAUGUCAGAGACUGCUGUCCUAAUUGAGCCACCAGAGGGCGCCAUUACACGGAUUCGUAGUGGUGGUCCCGGGCUGCUCCGGAUGCUGCGAGUAGCGUUCUGCUCUCGUCAGCGGACCCCUCUGCUGUUGUCACUCUAUCUGCUGACCGUUCACGUUCUGUUGCUGCUAUGCAUUGGAGGAUACCUUUGAGACACGGCAUGUUUUACUGAUUGAGAAAGAAAGUUACAUAUUCAUUUACUUAUCAUUAAAAACAUUUUGACACACUGACAAACACAUAUUUAUCCAAUUUACAGUUUUACAAAAACAUGCUUCUGGAGUUAUUUACCAAAGUUACAGCUAAUCUGCUAUGUUGAUCAGAAUGCUUUUAGUCAAAAUCAAUUCCGCCUACUUUGGGAGCUCAGUGAAAACUAGCAAGACUAUAACACUACCAAGUGCACUUCAUGAACAUCAUUUUACAGAUAAGAAGCAUCUCAUCAAUGAAGGAAUAUUUAAAUAUAUUUUGUAAAAUGAAAAUGAAGUUGACGCUGUAAAGGACACAUUUUUUUUCUUGACACAUUAGAAUCAUACAUUGGUUUUCAUCUCAAUUUUUCUCUCGAAUGGGGUUUUUAUGGACAUCUUGAAUAACAGUCGGCAUAAAUAAGGCACAGGCACUCCUGCGUCCUGUAAUUUGUUUAAUUGUUAUUAUUUUAAUGAAUUAAAUGGAAACAUUCAGAUGUAAUUGAAUAGUGGAUACAAAUACUGUACAUCUCUGCUAGACGAGACGCGUCUACAUUCUUUCAGAAACAGUCUGACCGUGUCUUAGUCAGCUUAGUGCAAUACUGUCACUUAUGUUUGGUUAUUUUCAUCUGUAUUCUUUUUUUUGGUUUAUUUGUAUUUUGUUUGCUAUAUUGGUGUAUUUGGUUUGGCUAGUUGUAAACACACUACACAUGUUCAGUCUAGACUACAAUUGCAUUUAAUCGUUCUUGAUGACUUAAAUCAAAGUCUUUGGCUUAAACUCUGCUAUUUAUGUGAACAGCAACUUGUUUUAAAAAAAAAAUCCUGUUGUUAACUAUAAGCGCCAAUGCUUAGCUUU